AUUAAGAAGGGUGAAACUUCUUACCGCUACGUAGGGGAAGGAUGGAAAUGGCGAUCUUACUCGCUGCUGCCUGUAGAAGUUCCUCAAAAUCACAAGCGUUUCACCUGUGACCUGACUCAAGCCGAUCGCCUUGCUCUCUAUGAUUACGUUGUUGAGGAAACAAAGAAACAGAGGUCUAAGUCCCAGAUCACGGAAAAUGACAGUGACCUCUUUGUGGAUUUAGCAGCGAAAAUCACCCAAGAUGAUAGUCAGAAAGGUCCAAAGUCCCACCUUGAAAUUCUGGCCGAAAUGCGAGACUACAAAAGGCGGCGGCAGUCGUACAGGGCUAAGAAUGUUCAUAUAACAAAGAAGUCUUACACUGAGGUGAUUCGGGACGUGAUCGGUGUGCAUAUGGAAGAACUCAGCAGUCACUGGCAGGAGGAGAACAGGUUGGACAACGCAGAGAUAUGUGAAGGAGGGAAGUCAAAAUCGUCAGGAAGAAGGGAAGACAGGCGGUCAGCUUCAGUGGAAUCACGGCAGUCUGGGGGAAGCUAUAAGGAUAGUGAACGCACCAGGCACAGGAGAGAGACCAGCAGGAGCCCAAAUAAACGAAAAAGGAGUCGCGAAAGAGGCAAAGACAGAGAUUCUCGGCGAAAAAGAGAGAGGGACGAAGACAAAUACCACAGCCAUAAAAGACGAAAGUAGAAACAAGAACCUGAUUAUUUGGCUUGUCAGCUGUUCAAACAAUUCCUCGCGUGGGACCUAUCGUUACAGCUGUCAUGCCAGCAACAGUAAUGCUGUGUCCAUAAUACUGGUGUUGGAUC